GUUAAGAUUAGGGGUUGUAAAAAUACCGUUCGAAUUUUCGGUUUGUUGUAUUCCCGGCCGCGUCGCGACUCUGUUGGCCGGUGGUGCGCGCGCCGCGCCACGGGAUUCAGUACGCAAGUCCAAACGUAUAUGCAGACUACUUUUCACGCGGAAGGGCAGUUCAAGAUCACAGGCGCCGCUUGUAUCACCUCGCGUACCUAGCCGUGACAAUUGUGACAAAUAUUUUCAUUGCAAAACAGUAAGGAUGGUGUGGCCGACCAUUUACGAUGGGAAAACUGAGGCGGGGUCAGCAGAGAAGCCCGGUCAGCAGCAAGCGGCUGCCGACGUUGGGUCACACCUGCAGCACAUCUGCGCCCUCGACAUCGACUCUAAGGCCUCCUAUGUGCGCCUGUCUGGAAUCAUCUGUACCAUUGGGCCCGCCUCUCGCGAUGUCUCCAUGCUCGAAAAGAUGAUGGAAACGGGUAUGAACGUCGCCCGCAUGAACUUCUCGCACGGCUCCCACGAGUACCAUGCCGAGACCAUCGCCAACUGCAGACAGGCCGAGAAAAACUACAGCGAGAAACUGGGCUUCCCAUUCUCGCUGGCUAUCGCACUCGACACCAAGGGACCUGAGAUCAGAACUGGACUUUUGGAGGGUGGUGGCUCAGCCGAAGUAGAGCUAAAGAAGGGCGAGACCAUCAAGCUCUCCAUCGACCCCGCGCUCGCCGAGAAGGGCAACGGCAGCGCCGUGUUCAUCGACUACAAGAACAUUAUCAACGUGGUCAAACCCGGCAACCGCAUCUUUAUCGACGAUGGCCUGAUCUCCGUCAUCUGCCAGUCCGUGGCUGCAGAUGGACUAGUCUGCAGUAUUGAGAACGGAGGUAUGCUGGGCUCCAGAAAGGGAGUGAACCUGCCCGGUCUCCCCGUGGACUUACCCGCUGUAUCCGAAAAGGACAAGUCUGACCUCCUCUUCGGCGUAGAACAGGGCGUUGACAUGAUCUUCGCGUCGUUCAUCCGCAACGGCGCCGCGCUGGUCGAGAUCCGGGGCAUCCUCGGCGAGAAGGGCAAGAACAUCAAGAUCAUCUCCAAGAUCGAGAACCACCAGGGCAUGGUCAACCUCGACGAGAUCAUCGCCGCUUCUGACGGUAUCAUGGUGGCUCGUGGUGACCUCGGUAUUGAGAUCCCGCCGGAGAAGGUGUUCCUCGCACAGAAGACCAUGAUUUCCAGGUGCAACAGGGUCGGCAAGCCCGUCAUCUGCGCCACACAAAUGCUCGAGUCCAUGGUGAAGAAGCCCCGCCCCACCCGCGCCGAGACCUCCGACGUGGCCAACGCCAUCCUCGACGGCGCCGACUGCGUCAUGCUGUCCGGCGAGACGGCCAAGGGAGACUAUCCCCUCGAGUGCGUGCUCACCAUGGCUAACAUCAGCAAGGAGGCCGAAGCAGCUAUUUGGCAUAAGCAGCUCUUCUCCGAGCUCGUCGCUCAGGUGUCGGCCCCCCUCGACCCCGCGCACUCCGUGGCCAUCGCGGCCGUGGAGGCGUCCACCAAGUGCCUCGCGUCCGCCAUCGUGGUCAUCACCACCAGCGGCCGCUCCGCGCACCUGCUCAGCAAGUACCGCCCGCGCUGCCCCAUCAUCGCCGUCACCCGCCAGCCGCAGACCGCCCGCCAGGCGCAUCUGUACCGCGGCGUGCUGCCCAUCGUCUACCAUGCUCCAACGGCCAGCAACUGGCUGCAGGACGUGGACGACCGCGUGCAGACCGGCGUGAAGUUCGGCCGCGCGCGGGGCUUCAUCAACACCGGCGACCUCAUCGUGGUCGUCACCGGCUGGAAGCAGGGCUCCGGCUUCACCAACACCAUGCGCGUCGUGCAUGUGGAGUAAAAUGAAGAAAACAACUACAAAUAUACAUAUACGCUAAGUAUUAGUACAGCGGACAGACGCGCUACUAGUGAUACAUAAACGGAUAUCUGUAAAAAUGUUUCUCGGUAUAUAUAAUAUACAUUUAGUGUUAGGAUAAUGUUUUAUUUAUUGUGAAUACAUCGCAAGAGUAUUGUUGUAUGUUUGCGUUUGCUGAAUAAAAUUUUGAACAUGUAUCUAUGUUA